AUGGAGAUGCUCCGCAAGGCCGCGGAGAUGCGCGCGGCGGGCCAGGACGCGUGCCACAACAACGUCUUCAUCGUGCACUGGACCCACGUGCCCAAGGCCGGCGGCACGGCCUUCGCUUCUUUAGCCAAGCGCGCGGCCUGCGCGAAGAACCCGGAGCUCGCGGACAGCAACCCGUGCUGCGUCCGCGACGUCUGCGUCGCCGAGGGCUCCUGCCACUCGACGGCGUCGACGUGCCCCUUCGUCCAGGGCAUCGGCAAGCACACGUCGAACAUGGGGCGCCUGCCCCUCGUGCCCUGCUGCGGCCGCGAGUGGUACCUCUCGACCGUGUCGUCGUUCCUGCGCUACGCGCUGCGGCCCGCGCCGACGCCCACCGAAAUCGCCAAGUACGGCCUCGUCUACCACGCGGACAUCCCCUUCGAGCCCGUGAACAAGCGGCGGCCGGAGAAGGUCUACACGGGCGGCCUCGCGACGACGGCCGGCGACGGCCGGAGCUCGCAGCUCGCGAUGCGCGCGCGCGCGUACCGCACGUGGCCCAUGGAGAAGCGCGUCGAGUUCUUCGCGAAGACGGGCGUCGCCUGGGACGAGCUGAAACGGCGCCUCGUCGAGAAGAAGAUCGUGAAGGGCGGGGACGACCAAUCGCCCGGCAGUGACCUCUUCCGGCUCCGGGAGAUCGCCGAGGCCGUCGCGCCGCCGGCGAACAUGACCUACGGCCGCGGCGACAACCGCUUCCCGCGGCCCGGCGAGCAGAACAAGCAGGCGCGCCACUGCGCGUCGAACGCGGAGGCGCUCGAGAAGGGCGAAAAGCGCCACGCGUGCUGCCACGAGCCGGGCAAGGGCGUCGGCGCCAACUCCAUGACCAUGCUCCGCCAGCCCUUCGUCCGCGCCGUGUCCGCCUUCUUCUACCGGGGCCACAGUCCGAACUACGACGCCUACAAGCUCCGGCCGGGCCUCUGGAUCCACCCCAACGACAAGUCGCUCUACCCUGCGCCCAUCGCGAAGAAGAAGUGGACCUUCAAGGAGUUCCUCGGCGCGGUCCGCAACUGCCGCAAGCUCGGCCGGGGCCAGACGUGCGACAUGGUCACGGGCUGCCACGGCUACCACAACGCGUCGCGGUACCUCGCGCAGACGCACGCGGACCGCGCGGCGGACACGCUGGCGAAGCACUCGUUCUUCGGCCUGCUGGAGGCCUACAACGCGUCCGUCCUCCUGGCGGCCCACGAGUUCAAGCUCACGGGCCUCGUGGACGACGACUUCGCGCAGUCGCGCGCGUCGGCUUCUUUAAAGGCGCAGUGCUCGCCGUCCAAGGUGCUGCGCGCCGACGGCGACGCGUGCCGCUACGCCUUCGACGCCUACUACCUCGACAACGUCGUCUACGAGCGCGCGCACCGCGUCUUCUGCGACCGCCUCGAGUCCGCGGGCCUCGCGGGCCAGCCGGCGAUCCGCGCGGAGCUCGACCGGAACCGCCUCUGCGGCGAGACGCGCUUCGACGACGUCGAGCACGUCUGCGGCGUCCUCGAGACACCCGAGGCCGUCGCGCGCCUCAACAAGCUCCGCGACGCGUGCCCGCAGCGCGGCGGGAACGUCGCCGACUGGUGGAUCAAGUCCUACGGCUUCUACUGGAAGCCGAAGACGUAA